GAAAAGGCAUCGAGGUGCACGUCUCGUCAUUCACAAUCAAUCUUUCUUCAGUAUCAGAAGUAGUGUCAGCCGUUACCAGCCUUGUCUCUAAAUGUGGUGUUUCUAUGGCAACAUUUUGUAUAAUAUUGUCUGCUAAGUUCAUUUGUUACGAAACGAAAAGGAUCACAACAAAAAUAGCUUAACCAUGCCCGAGAUAGCUACUAUAUCUUACCCAGUGUCCGAGAAAAAUCAUGAAGCUAGUGCUAAUGGCAAUGUCAACGAUUUAAGCCAGCCCGAUGCAUCGCAGUCAAAAAAUACUGACCAAAAUCGCCCUGAGUGGUCCAACAAGCUCGAAUUUCUUAUGUCAUGUAUUUCGAUGUCCGUUGGCCUAGGAAAUGUGUGGCGUUUCCCGUUUACUGCUUAUGAAAAUGGGGGUGGAGCGUUUUUAAUACCCUACCUUAUCGUGUUGUUUGUCAUUGGCCGCCCGUUGUACUACCUGGAAAUGGCACUGGGACAAUUUACAAGCAGAAGCUCAGUGAAGAUUUGGGAGGUUUCGCCACUGUUCAAAGGAAUUGGUAUUGGACAACUUGUAGGCACUACUUCUGUGGUAAGCUAUUACGUUUCGUUGAUUGCACUUACAUUGUCGUACAUGUUCGCAUCGUUCGCUUCCGUGUUACCCUGGGCCACGUGCAAGGAAACCUGGGGUGACAACUGUGUAGACUCAUCACUUAUAGCAAACGAAAUGCGAGACAACAAUAGCUCAGCCGGACAGAAAGUGAGCAGUUCCCAAAUAUACUUCUUAGAUAUAGUGCUCAAGGAAAAAGACAGCAUCGACGACGGGAUAGGAGCGCCGGAUUGGAAGCUCACACUUUGGUUAUUGCUGGCAUGGGUGGUCAUCUUCUUGGUGCUGGUGCGUGGCGUUAAAAGCUCUGGAAAGGUUGCCUACUUUCUGGCGAUUUUUCCAUAUGUUGUACUAAUUAUCAUUUUGGUUCGUGCGCUAACGCUUGAUGGAGCCGCCGACGGAGUAAUCUUUUUCAUCAAACCUCAAUGGGGCGAGUUACUCAAUCCUAAGGUGUGGAAGGAAGCAGUGGUUCAGUGUUUUUUCUCACUAGCAGUUGGAAUGGGACCGGUCAUAAUGUAUGCAUCAUAUAACAAUUUUAAACACAACUCCUAUAGAGAUGCAAUGAUCGUGACAACGCUGGAUACAUUCACUAGUCUGUUAGGAGGCAUGACAAUUUUCAGCAUUUUAGGAAAUCUCGCCCAUAACCUCGGAAUAGAAGAUAUUUCAAAAGUUGUCAAAAGCGGUACCGGACUUGCAUUUAUCUCAUAUCCCGAUGCAAUCGCAAAAUUUGACAUUGUUCCACAGCUCUUCUCCGUACUAUUCUUUUUUAUGUUGUUUGUCUUGGGGGUAGGCUCAGCAGUGGCUUUACACGGAGCAAUAAUAACGGCAUUUUGGGAUGCCUUCCCGAAGCGUAAAUAUUGGCAUCUAGCAUUAAUUCUAUCCACUAUUGGAUUUUGUACUGGAUUGGUGUACAUUACUCCGGGCGGACAAUGGAUACUUGAUCUGGUUGAUCAUUACGGUGGUACUUUCUUAAUCUACGUUUUAGCCAUCGUUGAAAUGGUUGCGAUCUUCUGGAUUUACGGACUGGACAACUGGUGCAAUGAUAUCGAAUUUAUGGUGCAGCGCCGGGUGGGACUCUACUGGAGGCUAUGCUGGGGUCUAAUAACGCCACUUUUCAUGAUUGCUGUUUUUCUCUAUUCACUGGUUGAAUACAAAUGGCCCACAUACAGUGGCCAGGAGUAUCCGAACGAUGCUUUGAUUUGUGGCAUUUUUAUUUUUGUGUUCGGUAUGUCGCAGGUGCUAAUUUGGGCCGUGUGGACCGUAACAGAAGAUUCUACACAGGAGUCGGUGUGGGAAAAAAUCACGAAGGCAGCUAAGCCAAGUGCACAAUGGGGGCCGUCGGUGGAGCACACACGGAAAGCCUGGUUGAAAUAUAAAGAGGAAGCUAGAACGCGGCGAGACGAUAUAAUUUAUGCCAAAAAUCAUUCAUCUAUUGUCCGGAAGUUGUAUGUGUUGUUUGGAUUGUACGACGAUUUCAUACGGCUAGAUAGCACCAAACUUUGAAACUUUCGUGUACAGUGCAUAUUGGCUGAUAAGUUAAAACUGAAUGCAAAUCCUACACCUCUUUCAUAAUGUGUUUAAAAUUUAAUACUUUUAUUUAUUAUUGAAUCCAUGAUUGAACCAUUGAAUAAAAUGCAAUAAAGCCUUCUAAAUAUGCUGUA